CAUACGCAUACAUACACAGAUAUCAAAUUUAAGGGAACGGUUAAAAUGAAAUUAUCAACGAUAAUGGCAUAAUUUCCUGCGUUCCACAGAUAAUGAGACAUGGAGAACGGACACCUUUGUUGAAAGAAACCUAUCCUAAUGACCCGUAUAAACUGUCGGAUUAUGAACUGUUGGACUUCGGUCAAUUGACCAAUAAAGGGAAAAUGACGGAGUAUCGGCUCGGGACGAUGCUGCGGCAUAUGUAUGGCCAUUUUCUAGGCUCGAUCUAUCAUCCACGGGACGUCUACGCUAUCAGCACGGACAUCGAUCGCACAAAGUUGUCCUUGGAGUUAACUUUGGCAGGGUUGUACCCUCCGCACGAAGCUCAACAGUGGCAUCCGGAUGUGAAGUGGCUCGGCAUUCCCAUUCACUACACACCGCAGAAAGUGGACAUAGUGAUGAAACCGCAACAAUGUCCAGUUUACAAAGCAGCUUUGAAGGAGGUGAGGAACAGGAGUGAGGUUCGCGAUCAAAUCGCGCCCUAUCACGACUUCUUCGAGUUCUUAAGCGAGAAAACUGGACUGACCAUCACAGAGCCGAUUCACGUUUACGAUCUCUCCGGUGGAUUAAUAGCGCAGAGAUCUAUGAAUCUAUCGUUGCCGGAGUGGUGCACCGACGAGGUAUACCAGAAGAUAGAGGAACUCAUCUUGCUGGAGUACGAUUUACUCUCGUAUACGACCGAAUUGAAGCGGUUGAACGGAGGCUUCCUCGUGAAGAGUUUCAUCAACAACAUGAACCCGAGGAACGGCAACAAGCCUACGCGGAAGAUAUACAUUUACAGCGGCCACGAGAUAAACAUCGCAUCGUUUGCCAGGGCUCAUAACAUAACAGACCCGAUAAUACCGAAUUUCGGAUCGGCGUUCAUCGUCGAGAAGCUGCGGGACGAGAAGCAGAAUUUUUACGUCAGAAUUCACUAUUGGACCGGUCUUACGCAGCAACUUAUCACCAGAAAACUGGAACAGUGCGAUGAGAUCUGUCCUAUGGACACCUACCUGAAGCUCAUGCGCGCUGUGAUACCGUCGGAUGCGGAGGCGUCUUGCUUGUGGGACAACAUAACCAAGGAGGAAAUGUUGCAGCUCCACGCCGAAAAAUUGUACCUCAAUUAAAUCAACCUUCACCAUGUGUUACUUUCUUUUUCCGCGCUGUGGAAAACCAAGGGAUGCCGCAUCUCGACGGUCGAUGAUCUGACUUUAUUUCCUACAACGUGUCCCGCGUAUCGGUUUUCGUGGAAAGAUUCUCGGGUGAAUUGCGAAGAAGAUUAGUCGUCUCUCUCUUCUCCCAUAAAUGUAAUCGGCGCUGAUUCGGCGCCAGAUAGAUCAAGUCACAUGCAAUUAACGUAUUUUACCUCAAAGUGUUUCCGCAUUUUGUACCGCGCACUUCAUUCUAUAAUAAAUAUAUAAUACUUUAUUUUUAA